AUGUCAAGCUUAUGUUUGAGCGACUUGCAGGAUGACCUUGAAUCUUUCUUCUACGUCAUCCUUUUCUUCACGCUGCAAUAUCUGCCAGUCAGGUUCUCCCAAGUGGAACUUGUAGAUCUCAUGGAGUCUAUCUUUGAAGAAUCCAAAUUUGACCCUACCCUCGGGAUGGUCGUUGGCGGUCACGCAAAGGCAAGAUUGCUUUUGGCUGGAGAUUCUCCGCUUGUGAACUUCAUGUUCUUGGCGAACUCUCCCAUGAACGCCUGGAUGGAGCAGUCCUGGGAUGCCUUUGAGCAAUUCCACAAUUAUCUCUACAAAGAGCAAAGGAGGGCUACCAGAGCAAGAAUAAUGAAUCCAGCCAAUUCUGCUCACAGCAUCAACCUAGCAAACGAGAGGCCGACUAUGCUUGCAGCGGGCCACAUCUACCUUUGUGAUCACGACCACUUUCUCAAAAUAUUUGAGGAUGUACUCGCUUUGGAAGAUUGGUCCGACUUGCAUCACACUAGGGCUGCCAUGCACCAAUUCGUCAAUUCCGAACUGGCGAAGCAGCGUCCUGGGACCAAGUGGAUGCACGAAUGA